GUGCAAGGGUUUCUGUUUUAUUUUUAACCUGUUCUUUUAUUUUUAUUGUAAUUAAAUGUGGAACUUCAUUAAGGUCAUUUUGGUCAAUUCAAUUCGUUUUUACUCUUAUGCGUGACUAACGAAACUUAUACUCCGACUUGUGCAUAAAUGCAUUGUUUUACUCUUAUGCUUGACUAACGAAACUAUUAUAUAGGUUUAAAAUCAGGCCCAAUCAAAUUUUAAAAAUCAGGCCCAGUCCAAAUCUAGUCCAAAAAGCAGGCGCAGGGAAGAGUCGAGCAGUCCGUUCUUUCUGCUUCAGCGAGUUCGGCAAAACCACAAAGGCCAAAAACUAAUUCCAGACGGCCAGACGGGGGGACGGGCGACGGGCGACGGGCGACGGGCGACGGGCGACGGGCGACGGGCGACGGGCGACGUCCAUCUUCAGUGCCGGACGGCCAGGACGGCGCACUGGCGAGUGGCGGCUGCUGCUCUAGAUAAUCAGGCACAAGUUGUGUUUCACUGUUUCUUGAAGCUCGAGAUAAUCAGAAGUUAAGAAGAAGAGAUGGGGCCAAGAAAGUGUGGAGUUUGCGAUGAAGCUCAAUCAAAAUACAAAUGCCCCAACUGCGUUAUACACUAUUGUUCAUUGGCAUGCUUUAAGAAACACAAAGAAAUUCCAUGUGAAAAACUGAUAUCUUCUUCUGAAGGAAAAUUGGCAUCAACUCUACCAGCAUUGAAUGUUGAUGAACCAGUCUACGUCCAUGACCAAAGUGAGGAGCUAAAGCAGUCACAAUUUGAGUCUCUAGCUUCAUCAAGUGAAAUUCGUGAGGCUUUAAGAAGUGAGGAGAUUCAGAAACUUAUAUGCAGCAUAGAUUCCUCUAAAGAUGCCGAGUCGGAACUCGAAAAAGCAAUGCAGAAGGAAGAGUUUCAUAUGCUUUGUCAGAAGAUCCUAUCUGCCAUUAAUCCUUGAUGCUCAGCUCCUAAGCAUAUUCUGGAUUGUAACUAAUUUGCUGCUGUGGAAGAUUGAAGCUGCUUUCAGAAUGACGAUGAUGCGAGAACUGUAUAAAACAGAAUAGUUUGUGAUCUUUGCUCCUCAAAAAGUUAGUCUGUACAUUAGUGUUCUCUCAAGUACUUCUUUUUCUGUCUUUUCUUUUUAGCAUCGAUAUCAUGGAUCGAUUCAUGUUAGCCGACCCCAAAAUUUUAUGGGAUUAAGGCUUGGAUGUUGUUGUUGUAUGAUGUGUGAUGUGUGUUUUUUCAAAAAUAAAAAAUAAACUAUAGCUAAGUGGUGUGUUUGAAUUGUGAAAAUGCUAUCAAAUGAACUAAAGUGGCU